AUGUCUCUUCAGUACGCUCGCUACCAGCCAACCACACCGCCGGGCAUCGCGUUUGAAGAGUGUAUCGGAUCCGCGCAUAGUCGCAACCCAUCCGCUUCCUCGGUCCAUUCAGGCGAAUCAUCGCCGUGGUCCACCAUGACCGGAAUCACGAGCCCGGGGACUUCGCCAACGCGGCACCAUCAUGGCCCGGCUCUUCUGCCGAAGAUUCGUCCUCAGGACGUCGUGAUUGAACCUGUUUCUGCAGGGGGACCUCUGCGUACUCGUCGAGUCUUGUCCAACACGCGCAACCCGCCUGGUUUCCUUCCAUAUCCUCCUGCUCGUCUCUCUGUGCACCGCCACCACGUGGAUAUGGCUAGUGGACAGGGACUGGCAUCGCCCAUUUCUCCGAUUGUCACAGCUGCUCCACUUAGCGCGUCUGCAUUAUCACCCCCGAUGUCCAUUACUUCGCAUAAGCGGAGAGCGGGUGGUGGACAUUCUCGCUCUGUAUCAACCUCUAGCAUUGACGAAGCCACUCUGAAUCGAUAUGGGUAUCCAACCUAUCGACAGCUUCCAAAGUACAUGCCGCACAUGCAAACACACACUACACCCACAACCCCUAUAACCCCAGUGACUCCUAGCAUCAUGCUAUAUCCAGCUCAGCCGCAACCACAACCCGCGGAAAUCACUCGGCAUGCGCCGGUGCGCGCACAGCCUCCAUUGACAGUGCCAACGCCCCAGUACUGCUACACCCAGCCAUCUACUGCACAGAACUCACCAGCACAUCUGAUCAGCCCGCGGGAGGAAUUUAUGCCUCCUUCAACUAACUUGAUCGCUUACUUGACUUCCCCGACUCCCGCUAUCAAUUUGGUACGCAAUGUUAGCGUUGUUCCCACGCGUGGAAUGCACGACUACUUUUGGUGGGACAUUCGAACUUUGCGCAAUUGGUCUUCCUUCUCCUUCAACACUUUCGACUCCGAGGCCAUGAAAGACCUCACCAAGCUCCUCAGGACGGAAAUCUCCAGUGACUUCACUCCCCAAGUGGCAGUACCUCAAUCACGCCUCUCUCCCGAAUCAGAGCCGUCACUGGUCAAUCUCAUCCGCGAUCUCUACGCCCCGCGAGUCAAUGCAGCAUUGGCUGUUUCCCAAGGCUCAGAUCACCUGCAAUUGUACGCCGCUCCGGACAUGCGGCACACCGGCCACAAAAACCACGGCCACCCGCACUUUCUCGCAAACUAUGUCACCGACUCUGACCGAACCCUCUCCGGUCUCCCUCGGGGCCGUCUCGUCGGCAUUGUCAAGAGCUUCGACCGCUGGAACACAGCAAUGCGAAACGAGGCUCCUCACCGCCGCGUCGAAUAUCUCAAUGGCCUCGCUCACCUCCAGCGCUGCAUGCGCGAGCACUCCUGCCGCUAUGGCUUCAUCAUCACCGAGAUCGAACUCGUCUGUGUUCGCGCCGGCUGUGACGACGGCUGCGAUAUCCCGUAUUUCGGGUACCUCGAAGUCGCGACACCCAUCCCGCUCAAGACGGCAGCAACCCCCCAUGCACGACACGAUGCGUCCGCGCUCGCAACCCCUAUCAGCGCGCGCUCGUUCUCUUCGUCAUCGCACGGCUCCUCUAUCUCUCACGGAUCGCCGGUCUCUGAGUCAGAAUCUGUUGACGAUAGCUCCUCGACCCCUAUGACCGCGAGCCUGGCAUUGUACUUCCUUCUCAUGCUCUCCAAGGCUGUUCCUCUGCCUCAGCAGCCAUCUGCUCACCUCAACGUUGGUGGGCCCGGUGCACUUACCCGGCAGCGCAUUCUGCCUGAACCAAAGGAUAAGUGGAUCCCGGAGCCGCAAAUCGGCGAGAAGCGCGAUGCAAAGAGGGUGAGAGGCUGGGUUUGGCCUGAAGAUGCGUGGCACCGGCGAGAAGGGGGUGGGGCGCCACGGGCCCUGAAGCACGAGAUCAAGGCGAAGAAGUGGCCCAAAUAG